AUGGAAGGAAUUCUUCACAAGAUAAAUAGUCUUCUUAAGAAUCCUAGGCUAGAAGACGUAUUGACCGUGUUUGAGAUCGAUGGAUACAUAAGAUUGAACAGAGUGUAUAUAUCCCCAUUUUCUUUAAGGCAACUCUUAAUAAAAUUAGCCGGGCUGGACUUGGUUUCUUGGCAUAUGACUCCAAAUGGGCUAUUCUUUCAAUUCAGGGGAUUCUACCUCAAGUUCUACGGAUCUGUGAACAUAGUAGUUAGGCAGAAGGUGUUUUGCAUAGAGAUCGACUUUGACCCUAGCAUCGAUGGAGGAGCCGGAGUGCCAGUGCUCAAGGAACUGGAAAGAUAUUUGAAAGGAUGUGAUGCCUUGUUUUUCAUGACAUAUUUCAUGGACAUCGAUAAAGAAAUACUUCACAAUCCACUUUCUGAAAGCUUAGAUUUCUUAUAUAAGAAGAAUUCCGUGAGGAAGUAA